UAAAACUGUUAGUAACUGUGGUUUAUAUAAAUACUAUUUUCAGUUCAUUUCAAUACUUAAACUUUUACUUUAGUAAAAUGUUGGAAUUACCAAGAAUCACCAGAGCUCUGAGAGCUCACACUCAGCUUGACAAGCCACGCAAACUAAAGCCUUCUACUGAUUUACCCACACUAUCGGUAAAAUUAUCAAAAAAUCUCCAAAGAUUUAAAUCUUUUACUGAUAUUUAUACCUACAUUAAACAAAAUGAACCAUUAUGUGAAUCAAUAAUAAGUUUACUGGAUGAUUUAAAAGAGGCUUGUAAAUCACUAACUGGGGACACAACUAAUGAUAUUAUUGAAGAUGCUGCUGUGUUAACACUGAGAAUGUUCCUCGAUCAGGACAUGGUUAUGCUAAAACAUUUGUCACAGCUACGUCAAAUGUUUGGAAAUGUCUUAUCUUCAACUGCUAAUAAAAUUUGUGAGAUAGUUACAAAUAUAUCAAGUAAUAUAUCAGACGAAACUAAAGAAUACAUAAGAACAGAGACAAAUGACACAAAGACUGUAAAACUAUGGGGUGAGAAUAUCCAAUGCCAUUACAUUCCUUACAAACCAGUUAAAAAACCAUUGGCUAAGCUUAUCAAGAAGCCAGCAACACGUGGUGCAUUUGUAACAGAUUUUUCUAUGAAAUAUAAUAACACAGCUGUUAAUAACAACAAAGAAAACAAUAUUUCAAGUUCUUCUAAACCUGCUUCCAAAUUUGGCAAAGUGUGGUUAGAAUCAAAGGUUAGUGAACUUUACGAUGGAUCUAUGGGAAUAUCAAGUGCAGAUAUUCUUCAGUCUAUCAUAACAUUACUUAAUUCUCCAAGAAGCAAUGAUGAGAUACAAAAUGAUCUAUUUGAUCUCCUAGGUUUUGAUAAAUUUGAAUUUAUAGAGGAAAUAUUGCAACACCGUAAAGAAAUUACAGAUAGUCUUAAGGCACCACCUCCUCAACCAUCUAUUGCUGAAAUUGCCUCACUUCUGCCAGAGAACAAAAUGCCACAAUACUUAUGCCAAGUUUCAGUACAAUCUGAACAAGAGAAAAUGAUAGCCAAACUUGUGAGGAAAGAAGAGAAAAAAGCAAAACACGCCAAGAGAAUCGAUGAAGAUGAAGAUGAACAGGAUAUAAAUAUCGCACAAUUGAGGGCGAAACGAGUGGCAGAACUAAGUAAACCUGUAGUACCAUUUUCUACGUCAAGGUCAUCAAGCAACGUUGAUCCUAUUCUACAAAAGAUAUCGUAUUUUCAAACAAAAGUUCAAUACCCAAAUGUAUAUGAUUCUUCGAUCAAUGCUAAGAACUCCGCAGGUUUCGUUUCCGGAUUGAAGUUAAUAUUGCCAGAAAAUGCAAUAAGAAAAGAUAAUAAAGAAUAUGAAGAGGUUACGAUACCGAAAAAUGAGCCAACGCCUUUAGAGGUCGGAAACAAGCGGGUGCCGAUAUCUGAUAUGGAUGAGAUAGGUCAAUUAGCGUUUGAAAAUAUUAAAGAACUGAAUCGUAUACAGUCUGUAGUCUUCAACACUGCCUACAACACUAAUGAAAAUCUGUUAAUUUGUGCGCCUACUGGUGCCGGUAAGACGAACAUCGCCUUGCUAACUGUUGUGCAUCAAAUAAAACAGCACAUUGAGAAUGAUGUCAUCAUGAAAAAUAAAUUUAAGAUAAUAUACAUAGCACCAAUGAAAGCGCUAGCAUCGGAAAUGACAGCCAGCUUUGGUAAGCGGCUAAAGGGCUUAGGAAUAGCCGUAAGAGAGUUAACGGGAGAUAUGAAAUUAACUAAGACAGAAGUUCAACAAACGCAGAUGAUUGUGACAACGCCGGAGAAGUGGGAUGUUGUGACAAGGAAAGGAGCCACUGAUACGGAAUUAGCGUCCAUAGUGAAGCUUCUCAUCAUAGACGAAGUACAUUUAUUGCAUGGAGACAGAGGUCCGAUAGUUGAGGCGAUCGUGGCAAGAACAUUGCGACAAGUUGAAUCUUCACAAAAUAUGAUACGUAUAGUGGGGUUGUCAGCUACGUUACCGAACUAUUUAGAUGUUGCCAGAUUCUUACGAGUAAAUCCAAAUAUCGGUUUGUUUUACUUCGACUCGCGGUUCCGGCCCGUACCCCUUGAGCAACAAUUUAUUGGAGUCAAGGAAGUUGGAAGCGGUGGGGGUGCACAUCUGAGACAGAUACAAAUAAUGAAUGAAAUAUGUUACGACAAAGCUGUGGAUAUGGUACAAAAAGGUCACCAAGUAAUGGUGUUCGUCCACGCUCGUAACGCAACGCACCAAACGGCGAUGAUCCUCAAAGAAUUGGCACAAAAAAAAGGUCAUUUGAAACAUUUUGAACCGGAAGAUUCUGGAGGUUUUCUUAAAGCUAAGAAAUCAAUUGGAAGCAGUCCUAACAAACAAUUGAGCGAACUAUUUUCGUUUGGUUUCGCUUGUCAUCACGCUGGUAUGCUUAGGAGUGACAGGAAUAUGGUUGAGAAAUAUUUUGCUGAUGGUUACAUAAAAGUCCUCGUAUGUACAUCGACGCUUGCGUGGGGAGUCAAUUUACCGGCACACGCUGUUAUAAUUAGGGGUACAGAAAUUUACGACCAAAGCCAUGGAACGUUCGUAGAUUUGAGCAUACUAGACGUGCUGCAAAUAUUCGGUCGAGCCGGAAGACCUCAGUUUGAUACUUCCGGUACCGGAAUCAUAAUAACCACGCACGAUAAGUUAACGCACUACCUCAAGUCUAUGACAAAUCAGUUUCCGAUUGAGAGUAACUUUAUCAAUCUAUUGGCUGACAAUUUGAAUGCCGAGGUUGCUUUAGGAACCGUAACCAAUAUAGAUGAAGCUGUCGAGUGGCUAAGCUACACCUACCUCUUCGUGCGAAUGAGGAUAAAUCCACAGGUAUACGGUCUGACGUACAGCGACGUGCAAGAGGAACCGAACUUAGAAACGCGACGGCGUGAGCUCAUCACUAGCGCGGCGCUACAGCUCGACCGCACGCACAUGCUGCGGUACAACGAGCGCACGGGCGACCUCAACAUUACCGACCUCGGUCGAACUGCCAGUCAUUACUACAUAACAUGUGAAACUAUGGAGGUGUUCAACUCUAUGGUCCGCAAAUCUAUGACGCAAGGGUACGUGCUCGAAAUGUUAACGAGAUGUUCUGACUUCCAGCAGCUGAAGGUCCGUAAAGAAGAACUAACAGAGCUAUGGAACCUAAAGGAUCAGUAUUGCGAGUUAAGGAUAGAAGACCCUCCUGAGGAUAUUCACUGGAAAAUCAAUAUUUUGCUACAAACGUAUUUAUCUCGAGGACGCAUUAAUGGAUCUUCCUUACAAUCUGACUUGAAUUAUAUUAGUCAAAAUGCAGUUCGAAUAGUGCGUGCGUUGUUUGAAAUAACACUACGUAAAAACAACGCAUACAUGGCAGGGCUUUACUUGAAAAUGGCAAAAAUGAUGGAACUUCAGCUAUGGGACUUUUAUAGCGAUAUGAGACAAUUUAAUUGUUUCCCUAAUGAAAUAUUAAAACACAUCGAAUAUCCCAUGCUUAAGCCAGACCAGAUAAGAGAUAUGGAUUGGAAAGAACUGGGAGAUCUCAUUCGCAAUCCGAAAACAGCGAGACAAUUGAAAAAAUGUGCAGAUGAAUUUCCUCUGUUAGAAAUGGAGGCCAGUUUACACCCUAUCACCAGAACAGUUUUGCGAAUUAGACUGACGAUAAUACCCAAUUUCAAAUGGAACGACAAAUAUCACGGUAAAGCGCCAGAGGCUUUCUGGAUUUGGGUGGAAGACCCUGAUUCGGACAUCAUGUACUACCAUGAAUACUUCCUCAUCACGAAGAAACAGGUAAUAACUAAAGAGCCUCAAGAAUUGGUGAUAACAAUACCUAUAUCAGAGCCCUUACCUCCACAGUACUACAUUAGGGCGACUUCAGAAAGGUGGUUAGGUUCAGAAAGCGUACUGCCGCUAACGUUCCAACACCUCAUACUACCAGAAACACACCCUCCACACACAGAUCUUCUAGAACUACAGCCUCUCCCAGUUACAGCACUAAACAACCCAUCGUACGAAAUGUUAUACAACUUCAGUCAUUUCAAUCCAAUUCAGACUCAAAUAUUCCACUGUUUGUACCACACGGACAAUAAUGUACUUCUGGGGGCUCCGACUGGCUCUGGAAAGACAAUUGUUGCGGAAGUGGCCAUGUUUAGAGUAUUUAAUCAAUAUCCGGGUUGUAAGGUAGUGUACAUAGCACCAUUAAAAGCGCUCGUCAAAGAACGAAUCAAGGAUUGGAAAAUAAGACUAGAAGAAAAACUUGGCAAAAAUGUUGUUGAAUUAACAGGUGACGUAUCCCCUGACAUACGAGCGAUACGAAAUUCCCACGUAAUAGUGACAACUCCUGAAAAAUGGGACGGUAUCAGUCGAUCUUGGCAGACCAGGAACUACGUGAGAGAUGUGGCUCUUAUCGUUAUAGAUGAGAUACACUUGUUGGGAGAAGACAGGGGACCGGUUUUGGAAGUUAUUGUUUCUAGAACGAACUUUAUCGAAUCCCACACCUCGCGUCGUUUGCGUAUCAUCGGUCUCUCGACGGCACUCGCUAACGCUAAGGACCUCGCUAAUUGGCUGAACAUUGGCGAAAUGGGAUUGUACAAUUUUAGACCUUCAGUUCGACCGGUUCCAUUGGAGGUGCACAUCUCGGGGCACGCGGGCCGCCACUACUGCCCGCGCAUGCUGUCCAUGAACAAGCCCACGUUCCAGGCCGUGCGCGCGCACUCGCCCGCCGCGCCCGCGCUCGUCUUCGUGUCCAGCCGCCGCCAGACCAGAUUAACAGCAUUGGACUUGAUAGCAUAUUUGGCAGCAGAAGACAAUCCUAAACAGUGGUUACACAUGCAAGAAUCAGAGAUGGAACAAAUCCUAUCGAAUAUUCGAGAGUCAAACCUUAAACUGACACUAGCAUUCGGUAUCGGUAUCCAUCACGCCGGGCUUCACGAGAAAGAUCGCACUACUGUUGAAGAACUAUUCAUUAAUCAAAAGAUACAGGUUCUAAUUUGCACAGCAACAUUAGCUUGGGGAGUUAAUUUCCCCGCACAUUUGGUAGUUAUCAAGGGCACGGAAUACUUCGACGGGAAACAGAAGAGAUAUGUGGAUAUGCCAAUCACUGAUGUUCUGCAAAUGAUGGGCAGGGCUGGCCGACCACAGUACGACAACGAAGGUGUAGCAGUGGUGUUAGUUCACGACCAAAAGAAAAACUUCUACAAAAAAUUCCUUUACGAACCAUUCCCAGUCGAAUCCAACUUACUGGCAGUGUUAGCUGAUCACUUGAACGCUGAAAUUGUUGCUGGUACUGUUCAAACUAAACAAGAUAUCUUAGAUUACUUGACGUGGACUUAUUUCUUCCGUCGUUUGCUGAAGAAUCCUUCAUAUUAUAAUCUGGAAAGCUUGGAUCCUCAAGAUAUUAACUUUUAUCUGUCUAACUUAGUACAAACAUCGUUAGAUGCACUAGCCAAUGCUAACUGUGUGGAAAUCGAGGAGGACCAACGCACAGUCAACUCUACCUGGAUGGGUCGCAUCGCGUCGUACUACUAUCUCUCCCACAAGACGAUGGCGCACUUUAACUCGCAUUUACAGAGCAAUCUCGAUUUUGAUAAUUUAUUGAGAAUUUUAUCCGAUUCAGAGGAAUAUGCGACGUUACCCGUACGACAUAAUGAAGAUAUCCUUAACGGUGAAUUAUCUAAAUUGUGUCGCCUCCCAGUGGACCCUCUAACUUUGGACUCGUCUAAUGUUAAAGCGUUCCUUUUACUCCAAGCUCACUUAACCAGACUUCCAUUACCAAAUACGGAUUAUUUGACUGACACCAAAUCAGUAUUGGACCAAACUAUCAGGAUUAUACAGGCUAUGAUAGAUACAUCCGCGGAGAAUGGCUGGCUGGCUGUGUGUUUGUCCUGUCAGAUUCUAAUGCAAUGUAUAGUUCAAGCCAGAUGGCCCUCUGACUCGCCUUUGACCACUCUGCCUCACAUAGAGUCCCAACAUUUAUACAUAUUCUUGCAAAUGGAAAGAGAGUUCAAAAAGCCGUGUACAAUCUUAAACGGUUUGAAAGUGGCUUGUAAUAGAAAUUAUGAACUACUAGCUAGGUAUAUGAGACGAGAAUUUGAAGAAAGUCAAAUUGAACAGGUUCAUAGGGCAGUUUGCGACUUACCGACUUUGGAUCUUACUUUCCACGUGCGAGGUUUGUGGUACGACGCAGACCACGAACAGGACAAGCGACUCCGACAGCCGCCUCCGAAGGACCAGUGGAUUCCUUUACACGCAGAUCAGGAAUACACUCUCGUGAUUGACAUGGGCCGACGUGGUGGCAACCCUAAUAAUGUUUUGUGCCCUCGGUUCCCUCGCAACAAGAACGAGGGUUGGUUUAUAACACUCGGCUCCAUCGAGUAUGGAGAGCUACACGCCCUUAAGCGGGUUCCGGCUAAGGGAACUACACACGUUACCUUCUACACGCCUUCUAAUACAGGGAGAAUUAUAUACACGGUGUAUAUAAUGAGCGACAGUUAUUUAGGAUUGGAUCAGCAGUACGACCUACAAUUUGAACUAAUUGAUCCACUACCAGCCGAAACAGUGGACAAAGUGUAUGACACUACAGAUAAAGUUAUUAUUGAAUAAUAUGUAAUAUACGUGUAUAUUAUUAUUAAGUGUACAUUAUGUGCUAUUAAAUAAAUUACCUA